AUACAGAGUCGUUGAGCUGAUCCAAUUAGCCUUUACCUCUUUACCUGUUUACUUCUCCAGAUACCUCUUUUCAAAUGGUUGUUUUAGCUGCUUCUAUAUGUACUCGUGGCGGUAAAGCCAUCAUAUCCAGACAAUUCAAAGGCCUAUCAAAAGAUCGUGUUACUGCAUUAUUAGCUACUUUUCCAUCUUUAUUAUCUGAAUCAAACGCAGCCCAGCACACUACUGUUGAAAAUGAAACCGUCAGAUACGUUUACCAACCAUUGGAAGAAUUGUACAUUGUCUUGAUCACAAAUAAACACUCAAACAUUUUACAAGACAUUGAUACCUUACAUUUGUUCGCUCAGACCAUUACCUCAUUACUAAGAUCUGUUCACGAAAGAGAAAUUUACGAGAAUGCCUUUGAAAUCUUAAGUGCUUUCGAUGAAAUUGUCAUCUUGGGUUAUAAAGAAAUAAUAACACCCUCUCAAGUUAGAACAUAUCUUGAAAUGGACUCUCACGAAGAAAAAAUCCAAGAAAUUAUUGAAAGAAACAAAGAAUUGGAGGCCACUGAAGAACGUAAACGUCGUGCAAAAGAGAUCCAACGUAAAGAAAACUUUUUACGUGAAAAUCGUCCUCCAUCUUUUUCUUCUCAUUUCUCUCAACACUCCCAUUCUCAGUCCCAGUCUCAACAAUCUCAACACAAUGUUUAUACCUCAAAUACAACUUUAGACUCCUCUUCAAAUUCUCUUUCUUAUUUAUCUUCCAAAUCAAAAGUUGCUCCUAGAGGUAAAGGUUUGCAAUUGGGAAAAUCGAAAAAUCCACGAAGACAAUCACAGCAAAUUGAUUCUUUAUUACCCGAACAAAAUCCUUUGUUGCCUUUACAAAAUAAUUCAGUUUCAAAUCAACAACAUCAAUUUCUUUCUAGUUUGGAAAAAAACACCAACAACACUAUUACCAAUAAUAAAACUAGCUACAUAGAUCAAACUCAAAUUCAACCUCAAGAUUAUGAAAACAACGGCAUAUUAAUUGUCGUUAAUGAAAAAAUAUCGGCUCAAAUCAAUAGAGAUGGUUCAAUUCAAUCUUCAGAAAUUAAAGGUGAUUUACAAUUACGCAUUAGCAACUCGGAUUUAUCUCAUUCAAUGAUUUAUGUAAAGGUUAAUGGUAAAAAUGACGGUAUUCAAUAUAAAACACAUCCAAAUGUCGAUAGAAACAAAUUCAAUAAACAAAAUUUAAUCACUUUGAAGGAUUCAUCAAAGUCCUUCCCAUCAAAUGACCAAUCUUUAAACGUAUUAAGAUGGAGAGGUGUCGGUAAAGCUGAUAAUGAUAGUUUUAUUCCUAUCAUUUUUACAACCUGGCUAACUGCUUCAAACAAUAAUCCUGGGUUCUUUGAUGUAACAAUUGAAUAUGAAGUUAUUAAUAAUUUUAAUAUUGAAAAAUUCACAAUCAAUGUGCCAACUUUUUCUGAUAUUGUUUUAAGAGGCGAAUCUAAAAACGAUUCCUCAUUAAAAUUUGAAUUCGAUGAAGAUAUUGGUGCAUUGUUUGAAAAGACUUUAUCAUCGCCAAAUGGUGAUAGCGAGAAUGAUGAUCAAUUAACAGGUACAAUUGAAUUUUCUGCUGAAGCUAAUGAAGAAGAUGCAUUGUUCCCAAUGGAAUCUAAAUUUGUUUUGGAAAAUUCAAACUUAACAAUCGGUAAAAUUGAAGUUCAAGAUGUUCUUAGUAUUGAUAACGAAGAAGAAAGCUUACCAUAUGAUGUGAUUGGUCUUAUUUCAUCAGAUAAUUUUGUAGUUGUGUAGGUAAAUAAUAUGGUAUUUUAUUCUAUUUCAUAUGUUUUUUUUUCUUUUCAACUUCUUUUAAUUUCUUUGUUUUUAUAUUAACUAUACAUAAUUUUUUU